UUUCUUGCUUAUCCCUCCAUGCCCACCAUUCAUCCCAUGCACCUCUCUCUCCCCCUGGCCUACCUUCAAUCAAUAGCUUGCCGGCGAUGGAAGACGUGUGUGGCGAGCUGGCAAUCCGGGGCUGCACACAUGAAGCCGCGGAGGUGCGUGAGCACGACUCUCGGCGAGCGAAGAGGCGCGACGCCAAAGCUACAUCGGCAACUUGGUAUUUCCACUUUGCAACCUGAUACGACGAGUGGAGGGUGGUUUGCUGCAACCAGUGGCCCCUACUACUACGACCAACGAGGUGGCUGUGCCGUGAAGAUGGACGACGGAUGCGGCGAUUUUUGUGCUGAAACCCACGAUAGCCUCUGCUACAACCGGCCAGCCAUUUUGCUGGAACCAGCAUCGAUCUUUUUGCUAGAUACUUCAGUGCAAACCGACGCCCACGGCGAGCCAAAACCAGAGCAUGGUGAUGAGCUGGAACCGGCGAGCUUGCUUUGCUGCAAUGAGCCGCAAGCUACUAUGAUCAGCAGGGCGAAGAGCUGGAACGGGCGUCCAUUUUUGCUGGGAUGGGCGCCCAAAUUUGCUGGAACAGGAGUCCCGGGUUGCUGCAUCGUUCGCCGCACAGGGGAGCUACGAUGUUGGCGAGCUGGAACCGGCGCCCAAUUUUGCUGGAGCCGGCAUCUCGACAUGCUGGAACCGUGUGAAGGCAGGCGGCGGCUGAAUGGCUGAUUCGACGCUGAUGGUGUUUUGCUGCGACCAGUGAUGGAAAAGCUUCUACGGGCACGAGAAAAAGCUUCAACCAUCAGGCGAGUUGUCGAUGGCGUGAGGGGUGACGCCGGGGUGCUGCGGCCGACAACACGGUCGGUGCUGCGCGUUCUACUACAACGAGGAGUCGACCACUAGUUGUUGCAUCCGGCCACGUUGACGCUGCCACCAGCUACAACGAGAAGAUGCCAUGGCGAGCUUCGCCGCCGACGGCCGGCAGCGAAGGUACUCGUGCGGGACGGUGAGCAGAAUUGCGCGCGGCUGCGGCCGCCCGCAAGGGAGAGCCGAUCUGGGCCUUCGUUGACUCUCGUGACAAACGAAACAGCAAGGAGGGACCGGCAGAUCGAGCGGUUAAGGUCACUUCAAUCGAGCGGCGCAUGAGGAACCGGCCGAAAUUUUGGGCCGGUCCGCCGGCGCCUAGUGCUGGCCCUUAAAAAAAGAGUAGCGUUCCUUUUUCUGCCAGACGGAGUGAUUCGUCCAACAUGUUUUUCUUGAACCGCCUUAAUCAUCUCAUCUUUUUGGUUCAAAAAAA